UUUCUGCUCUGACUCAUGGUUGAUACCUUAUAUCCCCAGACUCGUAAGGUGACCAGGAAACUGAUCUACAAGAGGGCUGAGAAGUACCAAAGGAAGUACAGGGAGAUGUACCUGCGUGAGAUCCGCAUGGGGCGGACAGCCCACAAGGUUGGGAACUUCUACGUCCCAGCUGAGCCCAAGCUGGCCUUCGUCAUCAGGAUCAGGGGGUACCCAACCUGGAAGUCUGGUUCGCGAGACCUGAUCUACAAAGCGUGGCCUGGCAGGAUUGCCCAAAGCAGCGGCCGCGCCUCACAAGAAACGCCCUCCUGGUCGCAAGGCCUGGAAGGGCUGAGAAGUACCACAAGGAGUACAGGGAGAUUGUACCGCAGUGAGAUCCGCAUGGGGCGGACAGCCCGCAGGUUGGGAAACUUCUACGUCCCAGUGGCCCAAGCUGGCCUUCGUCAUCAGGAUCAGGGGUAUCAACGGGUGUCAGUCCCAAGGUGCGCAAGUCCGGUCCAGCUCAUGCGUCUGCGUCAGAUCUUCAACGGUGUGUUCGUCAAACUGAACAAGGCUUCCAUCAACAUGCUGAGGAUCGCCGAGCCCUACAURGCUUGGGGGUACCCCAACCUGAAGUCUGUUCGUGAGCUGAUCUACAAGCGUGGCCAUGGCAGGAUGACCAAGCAGCGCAUCGCCCUCACAGACAACGCCUUGGUCGACAAGGCCCUGGGUAAAUACAGUAUCAUCUGUGUGGAGGACCUGAUCCAUGAGAUCUACACAGUCGGGAAGAACUUCAAGCCUGCCAACAACUUCCUGUGGCCCUUCAAACUGUCCUCACCCCGCGGCGGCAUGAACAAGAAGACCACUCACUUCGUGGAGGGAGGCGAUGCUGGAAACAGGGAAGACCAGAUCAACAGACUCGUCAGGAGGAUGAACUAGAGGUUUUUCCAAAGGAUGCUGUGGAGUCUGUACAAUAAACAUAAAAAGGAAC